GCGUUGCUCCAGCGUCACGCCGAAGACCUCGUUCGUCCUACACCCUGGGCCUCCGCCGUUCGGCGACAACCGUCAUGACGACGGACCGAACGGAGUGGACGCCUGGUGAUGACCAUUGGCUCUCGUUGCAUUCAUAUCCUCGGGGUUUCGCACAUCAUAGAUCAGGUCAAGCGCAUCAUCAGCGAGAUGUGGCCACGGGAGUGCAAUGGACAGCUCGCGAUGUGCAUCCGGAGAUAAGCAGUCAGUGAACAUACCACAAUGGGAAAGUGGAACGAAAAAGAUUCUCUCUCUCGCGCGCGCGCACGCGAAGGAUCUCCCGUCGGUGGAUCACCAUUCGUUAUGUGCGGUUGGCUUUUUUGUUUCGCUGUUGCGGGCGGAUUGGCGAAUGGUCGUGCGCUCGGGUGAUUGGUUGGGCGGACCGGCGGGUCGUGAAGGAGGGAAAAAUACCACGCUGCUAUGCAACGACAGGUGGAACUGUGGUAUGUCGACGUGUGGAUGUCAUAUGCAGGUCGAAACGUCUGUAGGGUCACAGGCGGCGGCGGCGGCGCGGAUGGACGGGCGGGCGGUUGCAGUAGUCGGGGAGCACCUUUCUGCUGUCGACCGUGCUACUGUAUGUACAGUAGUCGUUUGGGACGGGUUGUUCCACCGGGAUAUAUCAGCGCGUAUAAUAAUAAACAGCUGUCGAGAAGAAGUUCACGAUAAUAAGCGUUCCCGUCUGCUGAAACUGUUCAAAGAAGUCGGCGAGGGACACAAUCACCAAGGUGCCUAUGAAGAGGGAUGAAACAAGAACACUCCCCGAUUAUAAGUUCCACCUCGGGACUCAUCUCAGUCCAGUCAGAGACCAUGUGCCUUCUUCCGACAGUAGAAGACAUAUCCAUAUCUGCUGGGCUACAGUACAUUCCAUAUUGCGCCUCAUCACACGCCGCAAAACUGCAGUAGUUUUCGUUUCCAAUUCGCAU